ACAUUAUUAAAACACUCUCACUUCUUACAUUCAUCGUCACAUAUAUCGGUUAUCAAAAGGACUGAACAAGGAGCGGAUAUCCAGUUUGGUAAUUAUUUCAUUGGAAAGCGAUCAUCAUCUCAAUAAUCAUGAAGAAGUUGGCUGCUCUGUUUCUCGUGCUUCUUAUCUUGAACAGCGCCAAUGCCGGGGUGCUGUCGGACAUCGUGUGGGGUGUUGGAAAAAUCGCAGUUGGAGCCGUUGCAGCACCUGUAGUGCUUACUGCUGCCGGCUUUACAACGGCUGGUAUUGCUGCUGGGUCAUGUGCCGCGGGAAUGAUGUCAGCUGCCGGCCCCACUGGGUAUGCCGCGGGUGUGGUCGCUGGACUCCAAGCUGCUGGAGCAGCCGGUUAUGUGCCACCCACUGCGGGAGCCGUGGCUCGUGUCGUUGCAAAGUCUUUAUAUGAUAAUUAUUAGAAGUUAUUCUUUUUGAAGAUUAGAAUUGUUGAUGUACCAUACUUCCAUAGGUCGCCCUUGGCUUAAUCCAAGUUAAUCAAACCGUCUUUUAGCCAAUUCAAUUUAAUUUUGCACACUGUACCCUAUGUCGAUCUUCCCGUUGUACCCUAAUCUUAAAAGUUACUCAUGCAAAUAAAUAUAAUUCUCCUUGUUAAAAAACUGCUGUUUUCAUUUUAAUUGAUUUUGUCUCCUUUCUAUUUCCAAAAGUUGGAUUUUUGGUAAUUUCAACCACCAUAUGAAGCCACCAUAAUCAUAGUUUCAUUCUCAUUAUUAUUAUUAUUAUUAUUAUUAUUAUUAUUAUUAUUAUUAUUAUUAUUAUUAUCAUCAUUAUUUUGUAGAGGGUUACAUCAUUGAAAUAAUUUAAACUUUUCAGGGUAGCUUCAAGAAACUUUGACAUUUGAUUACAUAAAGACAAAGUCCCGAUCUUUUGAGGGGAGGGACACGUAGACAGAAAUUCUCCGACAAGCAAACAUACUUCAGAGAAAAUAAACAUGUAUAAUUAGCACAUCGUAACUCUAGUUUUAUGCCAGAUUUGAUUUGGGUGCGGAAAGGAUGCAGGCCCCUGCUCCUGAAUCCUCCCAACGAGAACGUUGAGGUGAGAUGUUUCAUAAUAUGAGCGCACAAUUAAAUGAAACUUCAAUUGUUUCAAUUAACUUUUAAUACUAAACUUGUGUUCAACCCAACUUCAUUUUGAAAUGAUAUCGUAGUCUUCAGUUACUCCUUUUGUCAUGCAUGAUGACUAAUACAUUUUCAAGUUGAUGAACAAAUUGUUGAUUUUAUGAUGUUCCUGAUGUAUUAGGCCUAUGAUGUAUAUAAAGGGAAAACACACCAUACAAAUUUCUGCAUUUUUUUUCUUCAGAUCGUAGAGUAGAUCAAAGAAUUGUCUUGGGCACCGCCUCAUUUAGCACCACACACAGAGAAAUAAAAGGUGUUCUUGGGGAGUAAAACGAAAUUGGAAAAAUAGGGCGCCCCCUAUUACACCUUUUAGGGAGUAAAACACGGAAAUACGCAAGGGUGUACAGAAUAGUCAAUUGAGAGGUGUAAUUUUACACCCUAUUUUAGUCAGACGAGCUCUGAUUGGUCAAUAUAUGCGCAUGCGCUACACCAAUGGUGCAUCCUAUCUAUAUAGGUACUGCCAAAUGAAGGAAAAUUAGCAUAAUUUACAUAUUUUAGUCAUGUUGGGGGAAUUAACAUGUUUCAUUUGGGCAUAUUAUUUGUGUGAAAGUUAUCUGAUCAAGAAUAAGGGGUUGUACCGAAAGUUAUAUUUGAUAGUUUAAUGAAAUUAGCAGAAGUGUUGUUUUACUAACUAGUACAUAAUUGCCUUCUUAUACGUGUAAGUAAAGGGAAGAUUUUCGCUAAUUAAUCAUAUCUGAUUGAUACACGUCUGUAAAAAAAAAAAACAAUACACACACUCACACGGUAUUAAGGUAGGACUGUGUUUUUAGGAAUUUCCACUACAUUAAUUUUGAUCCGAUACGUUCAUCCAGGCCAGCCUCACCGAGGCUAAAUUUAAGUUGUUUCUUACAGUCUGCACUUGUGUUGAGUUCAUACUAACUGUUGUUUAGGUAAGAAUUAAAACUUUACAACAUAUA